UGUUUUGUUUGUGCGGAUGGUUACGCGCGGUGUGCGCGAUCGCGUUUUUAUCACAGUGAACGAUAACGCCGCGUCGUUGGUGCGAGAACUCGCAUGAGCAGCCCGGCAAAACGGAGCGAGUCGGGCGCGAAUCGGCACGGACGAUGAACGCGACGAGCCUGUACGUGUCGACGUGUCGGCUGGUACUGCAGGCGGACGUCGACGACCUGAACUCUUGGACGGACCUUUACAGGCUAGUCCCGUACCUGCGACAGAGUCUCAGCUGCACCGUGUGCUCCAACCUGCUGAUCGAGCCGCACACCCCGACCGAGACCAACUGUCAACAUCACGUAUGCCGUGGCUGCCGCGGCGGCCGCAAGAAACUCAAGCCGUCGUGCGGCUGGUGCAAGGACUACGAGAAGUACGUGGAGAAUGUGCAGCUCCGCAUACUGUUGCAAUGUUACAAGAAGCUGUGCGAAUACCUCACCAGCACCGGCAUCUACCGCAACUUGCUGCACUCGGUGUCAGCAAGCGGCGCGACCAAUGGUGCGUCCACCAUCGGCGCCAGCAGCCUCAUGGAGCUUAUCCAGGAAGGUGCAGGCUUCAAGGAUGAAUUCAAAAGCAACGCUGGCCUGUCCAAGUCCGCGUACAGUAUAUUACCGUGCGUCUACACCAGUACCACCUCCACCCAGACCCAGGCUAAUAGUAUACAGACCAGUGAGGCGAUGUCCCAAAGUAUACCUGAAUCGCCGACAAUCCGGACUGUGUCGAACGGCUCCUCCAUAUAUUCCGUGAUGUACGCUGGUUCCGGUAACAAGAUUACGAUAAAGCGUAAGGCAGCGGCUACGGAGGAUACGGAGAUGGGACAACAGGAGACAGACGGCAGUCAGCACAGCUCUGUAGGAGGGGUAAAAUGCAUUCCGUCUUCCCACCUUAAAUAUGGGACCGCCUCUCAGAAAAAAUCUUCAAAGGGCAGCAAACAGUCGUCGGGCAGCUUUAAAAAGCCACGAUCGAGUUCAGCUAGGAGCAAAAGAAAAGGAUGCAGGUGCGGCAACGCCACCGCGAUACCCGGGAAACUCACCUGUUGCGGUCAAAGAUGUCCCUGUUACGUCGAAAGUAAACCCUGUGUAGAAUGUAGAUGUAGAGGUUGCAGAAAUCCUCAUACAGCGGAUGGAUUGAAGAUCCGUCCACACAUACCUGAACUUCAUAAUUUACAACUACAAUUAUCCACUUCUUUGGACUGCGACACGCUAAGCGGAGACCCUCUUGGAGCCGUGCCGCAGUGCCUUUCAACGUCCCCUACAACGAUACAAGUUUUAAAUGUAUACUCCACUCCGAGAUUAGACAUUGACAAUGUGCCGCAGAACUUACCUGCCGCGCUAUUAGUGGGGGAGGACGCUAUGGUUAGUACUGAAAGUGAGGCGGAAGACAGCGAUAUACAAAUCGAUGUGUGACAAAGUAUUUAAAUGUACAAUCGUCGCGAUUGAUCACGUGUGAACGUGCAAUUCAUGCCGAAGAGUAGAUAGUGACGAGUGAAGAAAUGUGUAAAUAAUGU